AUGCCAUUUCCAGUGCAUUUCACAGCAUUUGUGUCGGGGUUUCUGUCGCUGCAUGCCCUUCUCGGCCCAGCCUCGGCUGCUGACAUUGACUUGAAGAGCUUCAAUCCCGAAGACAUAAUCUCAAAAGAUGUUGCUAUUAUUGGCGGUGGCUCUUCAGGCUGUUACUCAGCUAUCAGUCUAAAAGAUAAAGGCAAGAGUGUCAUCGUGAUCGAGAAGAAGGACCGUGUUGGCGGAAACACGGAAACCUAUAUUGAUCCGGCAACCGGGACACCAGUCGAUAUCGGUGUCCUAGUCUUCCACAAUAUCUCCGUGGUCACCGAUUACUUUAGUCGAUUUGAUGUUCCGUUGACUCUGUAUGAGGAGGAUACCGCAGAUGAAUCUGCGUACUACGAUUUCCGCUCGGGGACAGAGCUCAAUAUCUCUUUUCCAACUUUAAAUGAGACUGCUGUGGCGUUUAACAAAUACGCGCAGUUUCUUGAGGAAUAUCCUAACCUCGAUAAUGGCUUAUUCCUACCAGAUCCAGUUCCGGAGGAUCUGCUUCUGCCGUUUGGCGAGUUUGUGGACAAGUACGAUAUUGGCGCUUCGCUAAACACCAUGUACGAGUUGGACCCUGCAGUUGGAAACUUCACUACUGUCCCUACGGUAGAGCGUAUCAGAACCAUGGGCCUUAGCCUGGUUGAGCAAAUAGCAACGGGCUUUCUUACCACGGCGCACCACAACAAUAGUGAGAUUUAUUCGAAGAUUCAAACAGAGUUGCUCUCAGCUUCAAGUCUCUUGUUGCACUCUGAAGUAGUUUUGACCCAGCGUCAAAAUGACUCAGAAGGCGUCCAGCUUGUCGUGAACACACCUGAAGGCCGCAAGCUCAUCCUUGCGAAGAAGCUACUCAUAACCAUCCCACCGAAGCCAAGACUGCUGAAAAACUUUGAUUUGAGCGCAGACGAAACAGCAAUUUUCUCCAAAUUUAUUGACGUCGGCUACUAUACAAGUAUCGUCAAGAACACUGGUCUUCCGGACGACUUAAGUGUUUUCAACUAUAAUCCAGAUACACCAUACAAUUUUCCUAUUCUCCCAGCAGUGUACAAUGUUCAGACUACGCCGGUACCAGGCUUGCAUCUUGCUAUUUAUGGCACCCCUCGAAGCAUCGAAAGCUUCCCGCUGUCUGACGAGGAAGUGAAAUCAGACAUCAUCAAUGGCAUCAAAACCCUCCAAAAAGCGAACCUAGACAAGUUCAAUCAGACGGAACCUGAGUUUGUAGUUUUCAGCUCUCACACUCCAUUUUACCUGCAGGUGAGCCCCGAUGAUAUUAAAGAUGGAUUUUAUGGGAGACUGUAUGCAUUGCAAGGCUUGAGGAAUACGUAUUGGACAGGGGCUGCUUUUCGGGGCCAGGAUAGUAGUGAUCUUUGGAGGUACUCGGAGGAAGAGGUGCUGCCAGGAUUGCUAGAGAGUUUGUAG